UGCUCCCGCCCAGGCCGCGCCCUGGCCUCCCGCGGCGCCGGCCCGUGCGACCUCCUGCUGCCCAGCGCCGCUCGCAGCUGCAGCGCCCCAGGCGCGCCUGAGCUCUGUCGCACUUCUUGGGGAGCAGACGCUUCACUGGCGGCUUCGCUCUUCUUCGGACAUGCUUCAGCACCUCAAUGUCCUUGCGAGGAGACCACGAUUGAACAGAGCGUUUGAUGUACCAGCAGUGAAAAGAGGAAGAUUGGCUAAAGCAACUGAUGCAUUCAAAACCUAUGUUGUUUUAAAAGUCCAAAAUUUAAAAAGCACUACAAUAGAGAGAAGGGGAAGUGAACCUUGCUGGGAUCAGGACUUCAUGUUUGAAAUCUGUGCUGAUGGAAAAGGCUUCAUUGUAGAGCUGUGGAAGAAAGGCUUGCUCUGGGAUAGCAUUUUAGGAGUUGUAUGGAUUCCCCUUGCAACUGUGGAACAUGCAACAGAUGAAGGCCCAGGUUCCUGGUGGACAUUGUAUUCUGAAGUAGUAAAAAAUGGGAGUGAGAUUCAAGGCACAAAAACACCAACUUCACAUGAGAUCUUACUGGAUGUCUACUUUGCAUUACCAUUUGAUACCCACAAAGAUUUAGAUUGCAGAGGCUGGCAAAGAUGGACACCCCUCCAAAAUAUGAGACAAUCAAAUCAAGAUACAUGUGAUAGUCUGUUAUCCAUGGAAAGUGGUCUCAGCCUACAAGAAGGCAAACAAAGGAGAAAUAAAGAUGAAGCUGAUGGAAGUAAUUUCGCAAAAGCGAGAUGGGCCAGGGCUAUUCAGAAGUCCUUGAAAUCAUUGAAAUUGCCUGUUCACCGUCAAGUUGACUGACAGAGUCUGCAUUCAGACAUACUGCGGGUAACAGGUUGGAGGAGGUGUCAUUGUGUGUGGUGUUUUUUUUUUAACAGAAGCAAUCAAAUAACACUUCCAAUUUUUGUGCUCUGUAAACUUAUAACUUGAAGUUGGUACUCCGCAGCUCAAUUCCCUACCCUUGACUCUGUGUUCAACAUAUUCAUUGAUGUAAAUCAAUUUAUAUGAUAACGCAAAGUGAAAAUAAAAAAUGGAGUCAUGACA